AUGCUAAGUGAAAGGGCAAGAGGAUGGGGUGGCGGAAAGAAGGAAGAUGAAGAUUGCGGUGACUGCAAAGGGACAAGGGUGGAUGGAAAGCAGCAGCAAGCAGCAGCAGCAGCAGCAGCAGCAGCAGCAGCAGCAGCAGCAGCAGCAGCAGCAGCAGCAGCAGCAGCAGCAGCAGCAGCAGCAGCAGCAGCAGCAGCAGCAGCAGCAGCAGCAGCAGCAGCAGCAGCAGCAGCAGCAGCAGCAGCAGCAGCAGCAGCAGCAGCAGCAGCAGCAGCAGCAGCAGCAGCAGCAGCAGCAGCAGCAGCAGCAGCAGCAGCAGCAGCAGCAGCAGCAGCAGCAGCAGCAGCAGCAGCAGCAGCAGCAGCAGCAGCAGCAGCAGCAGCAGCAGCAGCAGCAGCAGCAGCAGCAGCAGCAGCAGCAGCAGCAGCAGCAGCAGCAGCAGCAGCAGCAGCAGCAGCAGCAGCAGCAGCAGCAGCAGCAGCAGCAGCAGCAGCAGCAGCAGCAGCAGCAGCAGCAGCAGCAGCAGCAGCAGCAGCAGCAGCAGCAGCAGCAGCAGCAGCAGCAGCAGCAGCAGCAGCAGCAGCAGCAGCAGCAGCAGCAGCAGCAGCAGCAGCAGCAGCAGCAGCAGCAGCAGCAGCAGCAGCAGCAGCAGCAGCAGCAGCAGCAGCAGCAGCAGCAGCAGCAGCAGCAGCAGCAGCAGCAGCAGCAGCAGCAGCAGCAGCAGCAGCAGCAGCAGCAGCAGCAGCAGCAGCAGCAGCAGCAGCAGCAGCAGCAGCAGCAGCAGCAGCAGCAGCAGCAGCAGCAGCAGCAGCAGCAGCAGCAGCAGCAGCAGCAGCAGCAGCAGCAGCAGCAGCAGCAGCAGCAGCAGCAGCAGCAGCAGCAGCAGCAGCAGCAGCAGCAGCAGCAGCAGCAGCAGCAGCAGCAGCAGCAGCAUGA